CUGACCUCGAGCUGGCGGCUCCUCAGACUCCGCGUUGCUCUGUUGCUCCUGGCAACAGCCACUUCCGGGAGCGAGCGCCGUUCCCCGCGCACCGCGGGCGCCCGAGCCGCGGGUUCCGGUUUCCCGGCAACGGUUGGUCGGUCGCCGCUGUUCGCCGCUCGGGUCCCCGCGGGCCGCGCCUCCUUUCUCGCCUCCUCGCCGCCUCGGCGGGGCCUCCGGGGCCGCCAUGGUUCUGCUGCACGUGAAGCGGGGCGACGAGAGCCAGUUCCUGCUGCAGGCGCCCGGGAGCACGGAGCUGGAGGAGCUCACGGUGCAGGUGGCCCGCGUCUACAACGCGCGGCUCAAGGUGCAGCGCGUCUGCUCAGAAAUGGAAGAAUUAGCAGAACAUGGCGUCUUUCUCCCUCCUAAUAUGCAAGGACUGACUGAUGACCAGAUUGAAGAACUGAAACUAAGGGAUGAAUGGGGUGAGAAGUGUGUGCCCAGCGGGGGCUCAGUGUUUAAAAAGGAUGAUAUUGGACGAAGGAAUGGACAAGCUCCAAAUGAAAAAAUGAAGCAAGUUUUAAAGAAGACUGUAGAAGAGGCCAAAGCAAUAAUAUCGAAGAAACAAGUGGAGGCGGGCGUCUGUGUCACCGCGGAGAUGGUGAAGGACGCCUUGGACCAGCUUCGAGGCGCCGUGAUGAUUGUUUAUCCCAUGGGGCUGCCGCCAUACGACCCCGUCCGGAUGGAGUUUGAAAAUAAAGAGGACCUGUCGGGAACGCAGGCAGGACUCAGUGUCAUUGAAGAAUCGGAGGCCCAGCUGUGGUGGGCAGCCAAGGAGUUAAGAAGAACAAAGAAGCUUUCAGACUACGUGGGCAAAAACGAAAAAACCAAAAUUAUCGUCAAGAUUCAGCAGAGGGGACAGGGAGCUCCUGCCCGAGAGCCCAUUAUUAGCAGUGAGGAGCAGAAACAGCUGAUGCUGCAUUAUCACAGGAGACAGGAGGAACUCAAGAAACUGGAAGAAAAUGAUGACGACUCCUGUUUAAAUUCCCCGUGGGCAGACAACACCGCUCUGAAAAGACAUUUCCACGGGGUGAAAGACAUCAAGUGGAGGCCAAGAUGAAGGUCGCGGCUGUCGAAGCUUUCGGAACUAUUCGCUCUCCUUUCUUCAGGCAAAAGAAGAAGAAGAACUAAGAAGGACACCCACCACCCUCUGUGGAAGAUGCUGUAGUUUCUGGUUUUCCUAGUUUUUCUUUUCGUUUGAAUUUUUAAAAUAAAAGUUAUUCAAGGUUUCAGAACUUAAUAAAUACAUCCUCCAAAGAA